AUGGUAGAAGAACUAAACAGUCUUCUAAAGACGGGAGGCUUUGCGCUUCGCAAGUGGGCUUCCAAUGAACCUGAAGUGCUCGCUAGUAUACCACAACAGUUUAUCGCAAAGGUAGUACAUCACGAGUUGGCAACUGAAGAGAACAAUACAGUCUCAACGUUGGGGAUGCUGUGGACACCUACGACAGACAGUCUGCAAGUGCAAGUACGAUUACCAGAGAAGGAAGUACGUACAAAAAGAGAAGUGCUGGCUAAUAUAGCAAGGAUUUACGAUCCUUUAGGUUUCCUUGAUCCCGUCAAGAUGAAGGCCAAACUCUACAUGCAGCAGAUCUGGAAGUUGAAAGAUCAACAGGGCAAUCCAUGGAGCUGGGAUAAGUAA